UUUGAAAGCGUCCCUCCCAUUGGAAGCGAGAGAAAGACGUCAUAUCUGGAAGCCGGCUCCAUGCGAACGCAACCUAAUCUGACCUGCGGGGAGGUGUUUGGUCAGCUGUGCUGUCAAUCAGGGCGGAGCGGCGGCCCGGCGAGUUCGAUUGAUCGGUGCCUGGAGAGGCGGGGGGCGUGUCUGUGCGAACACAACCCAACCCGGCCAGCUGUUUGGUCGGCAGAGCUGUCGAUCAGCGGGGCAGGUUUUGACGGGGGCGGGGGAAAAGCAGCGAGUUGGGUUGAUCGGCACAGGCGGACGCAAACAUGGCGAGCGGAGGGUGGCGGACGCCGAGGGCGAGUCUGGUGACUCUGUGCGCCGUGGCUUUGUGGUGGGUUGACGGGGCCGCUCACUUGGCCAAGCGGGAGAACAGCAUCGACACGUCGAGGUACUACCACUACGAGGAAAUGACCAAGCUGCUGAAGGACUUGGCCCAGGCUUACGGUGCUCACGCCAGGCUCUUCAGCAUUGGCCAGAGCAUCGAGAACCGUUCGUUGUGGGUCAUGGAGAUCUCUACGACGCCGGGCGUGGAAGUGCCGGGCAAGCCCAAGUUUAAGUACGUCGGCAAUAUGCACGGCGACGAGACGGUGUCCCGCCAGGUGUUGCUGUACCUGACCCAGCACCUGCUGCAGAGUUACGGUCACGACGAGCGGGUCGACCGCCUGGUCAACACCACCGAUAUCUACAUCCUGCCCAGUCUCAACCCGGACGGCUUCGAGAAGUCGGAGGAAGGCGAUUGCGACGGUGAUGAACGCGGUAGGAACAACGCCAUGAACAAAGACCUCAACCGGUGCUUCUUGGAUCAGUUCUCCCGGGUGAAAGUGAACGGGAUGCCUGUGAACAGGGCAGAAGUGCCUGAAGUGGUGGCCAUGGAGAAGUGGAUUAAAGAAAACAAAUUUGUGAUUUCUGGGAAUCUUCACGGUGGAAGUGUUGUUGCCAGUUAUCCUUACGAUGAUUCUAAAGAUCACGUAGUUUCGGGGUACUACAGUAAGUCUCCAGAUGAUGAGGUAUUUAAGUACCUGGCCAAGACUUAUGCUGCAAGGCAUCCAGUGAUGAGAACUGGCAGACCACACUGCAGCAGAGACUCUUCUAGCACUCAGGAUGAAACCUUUCCUGAUGGAAUCACCAAUGGAGCCAUGUGGUAUGAUGUAGAAGGUGGCAUGCAGGACUACAAUUAUUUGCACGGAGACUGCUUUGAAAUCACACUGGAACUCUCCUGCUGUAAAUACCCACUUGCCUCUGCACUAGAAGAAGAAUGGAUCAACAACCGUGACUCGCUUCUAAGUCUAAUGGAGCAGGUUCACAUUGGUAUUGCAGGAAUUGUCACGGAUGCUGUUUUUGGCUCAGGAAUUUCUGAUGCAGUCAUUGUGGUUGCUGGCAUUGAUCAUAAUAUCACUACAGGGAGGUUUGGUGAUUUCCACAGAUUGCUUGUACCCGGAUUCUACAAUAUAACAGUUGUUGCACAAGGUUACAUCCCUGUCACUGUCUUCGAUGUUGAGGUGCUAGAGGGUCCAGCCGCACAGCUUAAUUUCACACUCCAAUCUUUAGUAACUGCAGCUAAUCAUACUAUUGAGGCUGUCACUCCAACCGUGGCAAGCUCUACUGAAUUCAAGACACAAAACAUUUCAGAAAUGGAAAAUGGACAACAGUCGAACACUAUUGAGCCUGAGAACUUCAGACAUCAUAAUUAUAUAGAUAUGGAGAUCCUAUUGAGGAAAUAUGCAACUGAAUAUCCCACAAUCACAAGACUCUAUACCAUUGGGAAAUCAGUGGAGCGAAGGAAUUUGUAUGUUAUGGAAAUCUCGGACAAUGCAGGCGUCCAUGAAAUGGGUGAACCUGAAUUCAAAUACAUCGGAAACAUGCACGGGAAUGAAGUAGUAGGCCGUGAACUUCUCCUGAAUCUAAUUGAAUACCUCUGUAAUAAUUAUGGAUUGGAUCCUGAAGUGACUGAUUUGGUGAAUAAAACCAGAAUCCACAUCAUGCCUUCCAUGAAUCCUGACGGAUAUGAAGCUUCAGUAGAAGGGGAUGCAAAUGGUGUGGUUGGUAGAAACAACAGUAACAACUUUGAUCUGAAUCGCAACUUUCCUGAUCAAUUCUAUCAAAUCACUGACCCGCAACAGCCUGAGACAUUAGCUGUGAUGGAUUGGUUGAGCAGGAUUCCUUUUGUAUUGUCUGCUAAUUUACAUGGAGGUUCCCUAGUGGUAAAUUACCCUUAUGAUGAUGAUCCAGAAGGCAAAGAAAGGUACAGUCAGUCACCAGAUGAUGCUGUCUUUCGCCAGUUGGCACUUUCUUUUGCCAAGGAGAAUGAUGCAAUGUACGAAGGUCAUCCUUGUGCAAAUAUAUUUCCUGAUGAAUAUUUUGUCCGAGGAAUCACAAAUGGUGCAAAUUGGUAUAAUGUACCAGGUGGUAUGCAGGACUGGAAUUAUCUUCAUACAAAUUGCUUUGAAGUUACUAUUGAAUUGGGCUGUUUUAAAUUCCCCUUCGCUAAAGACCUCCCGAAAUAUUGGAAGCAAAAUAAGAGGUCUCUUCUACAGUUUAUAAAACAAGUGCACCAAGGUGUGAAGGGAUUUGUAAUUGAUGCCACUAAUGGAAAAGGAAUUUUCAAUGCUACAAUCAUUGUUGCUGAAGUGAACCAUCUAGUGAAAUCUGCUAAAGAUGGAGAUUACUGGCGUCUGCUUGUUCCCGGUCACUACAAAAUUACUGUGUCAGCUCGAGGGUAUGUCCCAAUGACUAAGAGUGUGACAGUUGUGGGAGAAGUAGUCGAAGUCAAUUUCACCCUUUCACGCGUUGUUGAUGGUCAUGACAGCAGCCUUGACAAAGUGCUGAUCAAGUCCUCAGCAAAUCCAGGGCAGGAGUUUGAAAAACUUAUAAAGAGUUUGUCCACAGAAGGUGGAUUGCAUGACCUGAUUUUGUCUGCAUCUGUUGAUCUUAAUCUCUACCGUUACCAUAACUAUAAAGACUUGUAUGAAGCUCUUCAUGGGCUACAUAGCAACUAUCCAACAAUUACGAAAUUGACCAGUUUGGGCCAGAGUGUAGAGGUUCGCCAAAUUUGGGCCCUGGAAAUAUCAGAUAAACCUGGAAUAAAGGAAUAUGCAGAACCGAAAAUUAAGUUUAUUGCUGGAGUUCAUGGCAAUGCACCUGUUGGUACAGAGCUGCUUCUGGCUUUUGCAGAGUUUCUUUGUAUUCUUUUUGGGAAAAACCAAGCUGUUACACAGUUGAUUAAGGAAACAAAGAUUGUGAUUGUACCAUCAGUGAAUCCUGAUGGUAGAGAAAUUGCACAAGAGGGACAGUGUAUGUCUAGAGUCGGGCAAACUAACGUACAUGGCAAAGACCUCGACAGUGAUUUUACAGGGAACUCAUCAGAGGAAUUAGCAAAGAUGCAACCUGAGACCAGGGACAUUAUCAAGAACCUGAUCCUCAACCAAGGUUUUACACUGUCUGUUGUUUUAGACGGUGGCUCUCUCCUAGCUACAUAUCCUUAUGAUAAACCUGUACAAACAGUGGAGAAUGAGGAAACCCUAAAAUAUCUGGCAAAUGUAUACUCUAACAAUCACCCGAAGAUGCAUCUGGGUCAUCCAGGAUGUCCUAAUAACACAGAUGAAAGCAUCCCUGGCGGUGUUAUACGUGGUGCCCAGUGGCAUGGUCACAUGCACAGUAUGAAGGAUUUCAGUGUUACCUAUGGCCACUGUCCCGAGAUCACAGUAUACACAAGCUGUUGUAAAUUCCCACCAGCAAGAGAGCUUACUGCAAUAUGGCAUGAUAACAAGAAGUCUCUUCUCGGUAUGCUUGUUGAGGUUCAUAAAGGUUUGCGUGGAAGGGUUACGGAUCGUGAUGGAAAUCCCAUUCCAAAUGCUGAUAUUAUUCUGAAUGAAGGUGUUAAAGUUCCAACUUCAAAGGCAGGCUAUUUCCACAUUCUGCUAGCUCCAGGAUCACAUGAUAUUGAUGCACUUGCGGACGGAUACCAACAUCAGCGCAAACAGGUAUUUGUAUCAUCGUAUGAAGCUGCCACCAACUUGGUAAUAGCUGUUGAGCUGGAUAAUAAAUUGUUUGGCCUGCCGAGAGAACUGGUGGUAACAACAGCAGGUGCAGCUCUGUCAGCAAUAAUUGUGACUGCCUGUAUUGUUUGGUGUGUUUGCUCAUUCAAAUCAAAUCACCAGAAGGAUGGCUUUCAUCGUUUGAGGCAGCAUCGAGAUGAAUAUGAGGAUGAGAUCCGAAUGAUGUCAAUGGGUUCAAAGAAAUCUCUUCUCAGCAACGAGUUCCAGGAUGAAACUGAUAGUGAUGAAGACACGCUGUAUGUUAAUAAACAUUAAUGUAUCAAGCCAGCCCUGCUGGUCUGAUAGUAAUAUUCAUCUUUUUGCCAAGUAAAACCAACUAAUGCGUCAUUACCUUAAAAGGGGAUAUGCCUGAUCUACCACACAUGGCACUGGGUGGAAAUCUUGAAGUGAUUUCUCUGACAUUCUUAGUUGUCCCUUUGGAAAAAGUAGAUGCUACAAGAUGAUGCAAGUUGUUUUUUUAUUCAUCUUCAGAAUUGCACAUACCUUGAUAUGACUGCUAGCUUGUUUAAAAUGGUUGAAGGUCAGCCACAUAAAGAAUGUUGUUGCACCAUAUCUACCAUCUGAGCCUCUGCCUACCAUAACAAUUUUAAUCUGACAGCCGAUAGUUAAAGGUGUGAUAGAUUUUUUUCCUUUUAUAUAUAAAAUACAAGCGCAUUAAUGCACAAUCUACUUUAUAAACCUCCAACCAUUCACAGUGACGUUUGGGGACUCCACUAUAUUUUGUACAAAUAAAUUUUUGAAAAUAAAGGGGUGGGGACAAAGUGAAAUUUUGCAUUUUGCUGUAAAAUUUAUACAGGUUAUACAGUACAUGCUACUUUUAAACGCUGAGCAUAUUUUAAUCUAAAGUGCACUGCAGCUUAAUGCUGUGCAUGAAUGUUUUCAACAGUGUAAAGGAGGCAACGUUCCUGUAUGUGUUUGCCUUCUUUUCCAAUUGACGUUAAUAGAAUUUAAGAUUUGGACAUUUACAUUUUUGCUCCACUCUAAUUGUAUACGAUUCAUUUGUAAUUCACUCCCAUCAAACUAACAUUGCUUAUAGUAAUGUAAUUCAUAACUGAAUAUAAGAAGACGUCAACAAUCAAUGGUCAGAAGUGCUUGCUAUAUUCUUUGCAUUUGUUUUUAGACUCCAUUUUUAUCCAGAGAAAACACUUGGAAGCCAAACUUCUCCUCCUCUUUCCUUUCUUCUAUGAUACAUUCUCCUCUCCUAUCAAUUCUUUUCUCUCUAGCCCUUUACCAUUCCUACUACCUGGCUUCACCUAUUAACUUCUAGCUGUCCUCCUUCCCCUCCCCCUUCCUUUCGAGUCUGAAGAAUGGUCUCAUCUCAGAGUAUUGACUGUUUAUUCAUUUCCAUAGAUCCUGCCUGAUCUGAGUUCCUCCAGCAUCUUGUGCAUGUUGCAAACAACUGUUAGGUUGCACGUGUUAGAUAAAGGGAAAGCAAAUCAAAUGAAUCAUUUCUGGAAAUAGUGUCUUUAACAUUGCUGUUGGAUUGAUUUCUUGAUGCACACUGGAUUAUUUUACAAUCAGAGCACCCUCAUUUUCAAUUAUAACCUUUAAUAGAGAAAAUGGGCACAAUUUUUGAAGGUGGCCUUUUAAUAUAAAAAUACAAUUAUGAUGUACUGUUUGAGUUGGGGAAAUUGCUUAAGCUCAAUCAUGAUGAAAGUGGUAACUGGAGAGCAAAAUGAGAACUUGUUGUCCUGUUGUAUGCUGUUUGAAGCAUAUUUUUUUCAUAACUUUUAUAAUCUGAAAUCUGGGUGUAAAUUUUUAAAGUAUAAUGUAGAGGUUAUUGAAUUUUGGUGAAGGAAUAUAGAAUAACGAACUCUGUACAGAUGUGUGUGUACGUCUGUGUGAAUGUUUUCAGUGUGUGUCACUGAAUGUACACCUGAUUUGCCUAAAUACAGUAUAUGAUCACCGAAAAUACAGCAUUGCCAAAAACACCAGAUUCAUAGUUGUAUAUCAGUGAGUUCAUGGGAAAUGUUUUGCUGUACCUGAUGUUUUCCAGCUCUGUUUUGGAAGAAGACUUCAAAAUGUUGUCAUUGUCAUUAAUUUGUACCGAUUUUGCACAGGACUUUAGUCAAUAUUGUGAAUUUGGUUAUAUACUGUGAUGCCUUAAAAUUUUCAUAUUGCAUUCACUUUGUGGUAAUGUCACUGGAUAUCAGUGAAAGGGUUUGGCAUCAGAAAAUAAAUGCUUUAUUGAGCAUAAUUUAUGGCUGUUAUGGUGUUAUGUACAGCUAAAUGGGCUGAACGGCUUAAUUCUGCUCAUAUGUCUUAUGUUCCUAAUGGUCUUAACAAUGGUGAUAUUUAGAUAAGCUUUUAUGAUGGGUAUGUCAGAAGCAACCAGAUGGAAACAUUGUAUUUCAGUAAGAAGCAAGCCUGAUUUUGAGUAGUUUCUUAUUCCCUUCCUUUUUUUAUUUUGUAUUCUCUAAUCAUUCUUAUAGUGUGCUGAUCAUCAGUUGGGAAGUCUAUCUCCAAAACUGAAAUAACAAAUAAAAUAUAUUUUUGUCUUUAAAACUUGCCUAUUCUGACUGGUUAGGGAACUGUGAUCAGAGUUACUGCUUUACAGUGACUAAAUACACCAAAGUACCACUGAGUUUUAAAUUUCUAGGGGAUCAGUUUCUGCUGUUAUAUGCAUAUAAUUUGUGCAAAACAUGUAUGCAGUUUGCUAUGUCAAACUUUGCAUCUUUUUCAGAAUUUAAAGCGGAAAAGCUGUUGCACAGGGGCAAUUCCACUCUCUCUGCCUUGGAAGUCGGGGUCCAGUGCGACAAGUGGUUUACACAACUGGGUACUUCCUUGGUUACAGUGGAUAACCUUGACGACUUCUGUGCUUCCUCAUGCCCUUCACUAUCCACAGAGUGUUGCAAAACCACCUUCCUGGCCUUUGGAUCUUACUGUAUGUCUCAACCCCAACCCCCGUCCUCCGGAGCUAACUUUGCUUGCAAGGACAGGCAUGAGGCUAUCUCACUGGGGUAUGAGACCCUCCAGCCUCCCUCACCUGGUUUGACUCCAUUGUCAAAGCGGUGCACUGGCUCGUGUCACUGUCGCAUGCAAACAGCCACUUGGAGCCAUUGGUGAAAGCUUGAGUAUCUUUGGUGGGGACCAAAGGUAAGUGAACUGCCCCAGACCGGACACGACAAGCCCCUUCACCAGCAGUGUGACCCCUCCCUGGACACACCAGAUAAUAUAAUUUUGAUGUAUUUUAAAUUACAAAAUAGCAUUUUGCAAGUGGAUGAAGAAUCUAUGAUUAUUAAAGAUAUGAAAACAAUUUGUUCAACUGACAAAUGAAACUGGGGCCCAAACAGUUGAUAAUGUAGGUUGUUGUUGGGUGCCUAAAUCAGUUAAUUGAACUUAAAUGUUUCUGAUUUGUGUGGAGAAAAAAAAAUGAGAUUUAUUGCUAAAGUAAACAAAACAUUUUUUUCAUGCAUAGUGUUUUGUGUCAGAAGCUACCCUGAAGAAGAUAAUUACUACUAUAAACCUUUUAAAAUGUAUGCUUGGAGCGCAACUGGUAUAAUUUUAGGAAGGGAAGAUCAGUUGGUUUAUACAAUUUGUUACUGCUGUCCAUGCUUGUUCUCCAGGUUUAUUUCAUUCCUGUGUAAUAUACUACAAAUGUCUAAAAUGUUGAAAUGUCUCACUGUUAAUUCAGUGGGGCUUGAGAGUAGCUAUCUUUUGAAUGAAAUGUUAAUAGAGAUCUCAUCUGGGCCUCUGAUGCAAACAUAAGUUCUUUGAAGUAAUGCAGCAAAAUCAGCAGAAUUGGCGCUGAUGCCUUUGGUAUUAUUUAAUGAUUUAACAGUAUUUUAGUGUCAUCCCUAUAUUACUAUAUACUGAUCAAACAAUCAGAUUUGUGUAAUGAGAUUAACUUGUAUGCUAGCAUUAUUAAUCAUUUGUGUUAAUAAUUUGGUUGCAAUGUAUUUUAAGAUAAUACACAAAUUGGAAUAAAUCAUAUUUAAAAUCUGG